GUCUAGCGCUAGUUCACUAGUCUUAUCCCUAAGUGCACUACAUAGUGCUGCAGCACUAGUUCACUAGUCUUAUCCCUAAGUGCACUACAUAGCGCGGAUUGGAGCGCGUCCCUGUUCCUCUACAGACCAACAUGGCGUCCGUGGACCUGAGAGAUAACCUGCUGGGGAUCUCGUGGGUGGACAGCAGCUGGGUGCCGAUGCUGAACUCAGGGAAUGUUCUGGAUUAUUUCUCAGAAAGAAGUAACCCUUUUUAUGACAGAACCUGCAACAACGAGGUGGUGAAGAUGCAGAGACUCACACUGGAACAUCUCAAGCAGAUGGUUGGAGUGGAGUAUAUUCUCCUUCAUGCUCAGGAACCCAUUCUCUACAUCAUCAGGAAGCAGCAAAGACAGUCACCUGCACAAUUGGUUCCACUUGCUGAUUAUUACAUCAUCGCUGGUGUGGUGUAUCAGGCUCCUGAUCUCGGCUCAGUCAUCAGCUCCAGAUUGUUGUCUGCAGUUCAUGGGAUCCAGUCAGCAUUUGAUGAGGCAAUGUCAUUCUGCCGUUAUCAUCCAUCAAAGGGCUACUGGUGGCAUUUUAAAGACCAGGAGGAGCGAGAGAAAGUAAAGCCAAAGCAGAAGAAGAAAGAAGAGCCGAGUUCACUGUUCCAGAGACAGAGAGUAGACACCCUGCUGCUUGACCUGAGAAACAAAUUCCCUCCUUUGUUCUACCAGCCGAAACCCGGAGAGAAGCCAGUUCCAGUGGAGGUGAAAAAGGAGGCAGAACUUCCUGCAGAAGCAGUGAAACAAGAAGAGCGAGAGGCAGCCAUCAAACCUCCCACAGCUUCAGGAACCACUAAACCUCCACCCGAGAAACGAGCACGCCUGCAGUGACACACACACACAAACAAUAUAAUACUUAUAUAGUAGUAUUAAUGCUAUAUAAUACUGAAGUUGAUGGUUUACCAAAAAUAAAAUGUCCAUCCUGUCCUAACCCCGAAGCGGUGUUAAUGUUGCCACUAGUGCAGCACCGUGAACGUUUGGUUCCUCACCACAAUGUUCCUCAACCAUUUUAGGAUCUUUUACUGUAUGUCUCCUACAAACCCUCACCACAAACCUACAGUUCUGUUUUUUCAUCAAUUCAUUGCUUGUAAAUCUUAUUUUCUGUGUAAAUAGUGAUUUUUUUUUUAUUUUAUACGUUUAGACUUUUGUACAAACUCCAGUGUAAUAGUGAAUGGAUGCUGAUCGCUGUCAUCACGCAGAUGGUUUGGCUGUUAAAAUUAACAAAAUUAUUAAUCAUGCCUGUGAUAUGUUGAAUAAAUAAAGUGAUUAAAUCCGACAGA